UAUCUAAGUAAAAGCCAAACACAAACCAGCGAACAAACAAACAAACAAACGAGUGUGUGUGUCCCGUCAAACGUUUGGUGAAAUAAAGAAGUCCCACCAACUUUAGCUUUAGAUAUUUCUCGAAUUUCAAUCAUUCUUGUCUGUUAAUUGCUCCUUCUGAUAGAUACCCAAAUUUAGUAAGGAAUUUGCCAGUGAGAAAAGAAAAGCGAAAAAAUUCUGCAGAAAUGGGUGCUUUGGAUCAUCUCUCAAACAUCUUCGACUGCUCCAGUGGCCAUUCCAAGCUCAAGAAACGCAAACAGCUUCAGACUGUGGAGAUUAAAAUCAAGAUAGACUGUGAAGGAUGCGAGAGGAAGGUGCGAAGAUCUGUUGAAGGAAUGAAAGGGGUUACCUCUGUGGAUGUGUCAGCGAAGCAGAAUAAGCUCACCGUUACUGGUUAUGUUGAUCCAGAGAAGGUGGUGGCUCGGGUGGCUCACCGCACCGGCAAGAAGGCCGAGCUCUGGCCUUACGUGCCGUAUGAUGUUGUUGAACAUCCGUAUGCACCUGGUGUUUAUGACAAGAAGGCCCCUGCUGGUUAUGUGAGAAAGGCAGAUGACCCUCAGGUUUCACAGCUGGCCCGGGCGACCUCCACUGAAGUUCGAUACACCACGGCUUUCAGCGAUGAAAAUCCUGCAGCUUGUGUUGUAAUGUGAUCUUUAGAACAUUAUGGUAUAGGGUGAUACGAGAUGAAAUUUAAAGUAUGUUUGAGGUUGUUUGCGUGCAAUGUGGUUAUGAUCGGAUGCAGAUUGGGGAAGUGGUGCGUUUAGUAUUGCUUGUUUUAACACAAAUGGUAGAAUUCUUUGCUCAAAGUGUGAUAUUUGUAUUUGGUUUGGCUUGCAAUGAAAUUUUUGUGAUAUUAAA